UUUUCCUCAGUGCAGUGUAAAUGCGCUGUGAACAACGUCAAAGGCAGAUUAUUGACAAUUCCAAUUUGACACAAUUAUAUUACAUAUGUGUGUCUGAAUGUGUGCUGCGAAUGUCAAAAAAUUAUCAGCUUGUGCUUACACAUCAAAUGGCAGUCGUGUAAAUAAAUAACAAAUUUUAACAAUUUAAUUGUAAAUUACAUUAAAUAAUGACGGAAAAGAUCACAUUGGCCGAUGCGCUAUCCAAUGUGGAGGUGCUUGACGAGCUCUCGCUGCCCGAUGAACAACCGUGUAUUGAAGCGCAACCAUGUUCAAUUAUCUACAAAGCAAAUUUUGAUACGAACUUUGAAGAUCGCAAUGGUUUCGUUACGGGUAUAGCAAAAUAUAUUGAAGAAGCCACUACCCAUGCUAAUUUGAAUGUUUUGCUUGAUGAGGGUCAAAAACAUGCCGUCAUGUUGUACACUUGGCGCUGCUGCUCGCGUGCAAUACCGCAGCCGAAAUCCAACGAGCAACCAAAUCGCGUGGAAAUUUAUGAAAAGACGGUUGAAGUGCUGGCACCGGAAGUUAACAAAUUACUCAAUUUUAUGUAUUUUCAGCGCAAAGCUAUCGAAGCCUUUUCGGGCGAAGUUAAACGUCUAUGUCAUGCUGAGAAGCGGAAGGACUUCGUGUCCGAAGCUUAUCUCUUAACAUUAGGAAAAUUCAUUAACAUGUUUGCUGUACUGGAUGAAUUGAAAAAUAUGAAAUCCAGUGUUAAAAAUGAUUACAGUACAUAUCGUCGUGCUGCACAAUUCCUCAAAGUUAUGUCAGAUUCACACACAUUACAGGAAUCACAAAACUUAUCCAUGUUUCUUGCCACACAAAAUAAAAUACGUGACACAGUUAAAGAUACACUCGAGAAAAUUGUGGGCUACGAAGACCUACUGUCGGAUGUGGUAAACAUUUGUGUGCACAUGUUUGAAACGAAAAUGUAUUUGACGCCCGAAGAGAAGCACAUGUUGGUAAAGGUCAUGGGCUUUGGUCUGUUCCUAAUGGACAGCGAUGGAUGCAACAUAAAUAAAUUGGAUCAAAAGAAAAAGAUACGUUUGGAUCGUAUUGAUCGGAUUUUCAAAAACUUAGAAGUGGUUCCCUUAUUUGGCGACAUGCAAAUUGCACCGUUCAAUUAUAUAAAACGUAGUAAACAUUUCGACUCUAGCAAAUGGCCGCUAUCUAGCUCGAAUGCAAUUAGUCCACAAGCGGAUUUAAUGGUGCAUUUACCACAAAUACGCGAGGAUCAUGUUAAGUAUAUUUCGGAAUUGGCACGCUACACCAACGAGGUGACUACCACAGUAAAGGAAAACCCAACAGAUGCGGAGAAUCGUGCAACAUCCGAUUUAGCAUUGCGUGGUUUGCAAUUGCUUUCCGAGUGGACAAGUGUUGUUACUGAAUUAUACUCUUGGAAGUUGCUGCAUCCAACAGAUCAUCAUCAGAAUAAAGAGUGUCCAGUAGAAGCGGAAGAGUAUGAACGUGCAACACGUUAUAAUUACACUUCAGAGGAGAAAUUCGCGCUCAUAGAAGUGAUUGCUAUGAUCAAAGGUUUGCAGGUUUUAAUGGCACGCAUCGAAACGGUACUAUGUGAAGCUAUACGAAGAAAUAUCUAUUCUGAACUGCAGGACUUUGUGCAACUUACAUUGCGUGAGCCACUGCGUAAGGCAGUGAAGAAUAAAAAGGAUUUGAUACGUAGUAUUAUUAUGUCGGUGCGCGAGACAGCUGCUGAUUGGCAGAAAGGGCACGAACCUUCGGAUGAUCCGGCUGCGAAGGGUAAAAAAGAUCCGGACGGUGGUUUUCGUAUACAAGUGCCACGUUUGAAUGUCGGCCCAUCAUCCACACAAUUAUAUAUGGUGCGCACUAUGUUGGAAUCACUGAUCGCCGAUAAAAGUGGUGGCAAGCGCACGCUACGCAAAGAUAUCGACGGCAAUUGCCUUAUGCAAAUUGACACAUUUCACAAAACCUCAUUCUAUUGGAGUUAUCUGCUGAAUUUCAGCGACACGCUGCAAAAAUGCUGUGAUCUCUCACAGCUGUGGUAUCGCGAAUUCUAUUUGGAAAUGACAAUGGGCCGCAAGGUGAACAAGUGUAUGGUGAAACAUCAACACAAUGAGGAGUGUAAAGAUUUGAUAACAAUGGAAAAGCGUAUACAAUUUCCCAUUGAAAUGUCUAUGCCAUGGAUAUUAACAGAUCACAUAUUGCAAACGAAAGAGCCCUCGAUGAUGGAAUUCGUUUUGUACCCAUUGGAUUUGUACAACGACUCGGCACAUUACGCUUUAACAGUAUUUCGCAAACAAUUUCUUUACGAUGAAGUAGAAGCAGAGGUCAAUUUGUGUUUCGAUCAAUUUGUUUAUAAAUUAAGCGAGCAGAUUUUUGCCCAUUACAAACAGUUGGCGGGCAGUAUUUUCCUUGAUAAACGUUUUCGCUUGGAAUGCGAGGUUUUGGGUUUUAAUUUCCACUCAUAUCCACGUAAUAAUCGCUAUGAAACAUUGCUGAAGCAGCGUCAUGUGCAAUUAUUGGGUCGCUCCAUUGACUUGAAUAAACUAAUAAAUCAGCGCAUUAAUGCGAAUAUGCACAAAAGCGUUGAAUUGGCAAUUUGUCGCUUUGAAGGCAACGACAUAACGGGUAUUGUUGAACUGGAAGGCCUCUUGGAAGCUAACCGCAUUUGUCACAAAUUACUUAGCAAACAUUUGGCGUUGGACAAUUUUGAUGCCAUGGUCAAGGAGGCGAAUCACAAUGUAUUAGCACCCUACGGGCGUAUCACUUUGCAUGUGUUUGUGGAAUUGAAUUAUGACUUUUUGGUCAACUAUUGCUACAAUGCCGCCACAAAUCGUUUUGUACGCAGUAAAGUAAAUUUGUCUUCGUCUCAACCGAUUCAGCGUGAGAAACCACCACAAAUGGCACAUUUCUAUUUGUGGGGAUCAAAGCAAUUGAAUGCCGCUUACUCGACACAAUACGGCCAGUAUACAGGCUUCAUAGGUGCACCGCACUUUCAUGCGAUGUGUCGCUUGCUCGGUUAUCAGGGUAUUGCUGUGGUCAUUGAUAUUAUAUUGAAGGAUAUUGUGAAGCUGCAAAUACAAGGCACACUUUUGCAAUUUACCAAGACUUUGAUGGGUGCAAUGCCGAAAUCUUGCAAGUUACCACGUUGCGAAUAUGGUUCACCAGGCGUUUUGAGUUAUUAUCAAGCGCAUUUAACCGAUAUCGUACAGUAUCCAGAGACUAAAACCGAUCUUUUCCAAUCUUUCCGCGAAUUAGGAAAUUGUAUUAUUUUCUGCUUGCUUAUCGAACAAGCGUUAUCACAAGAAGAGGUGUGUGAUUUAUUGCACGCGGCGCUCUUUCAAAAUAUAUUUCCACGUCCCUUUUGUAAAGAAAAUGAAAAACCUGAAGCAAAACAGAAACGUUUGGAGGCACAAUUUGCUAAUUUACAAAUCGUAUCGAAUGUAGAGAAAAUAGGCAAUGCAAAACAAGCGAUGAUCGCACGUGAAGGCGAUUUACUCACACGCGAACGUCUCUGUUGCGGACUGAGCAUUUUCGAAGUGAUACUCAAUCGUAUUAAAAGCUAUUUGGAUGAUCCUGUUUGGAGUGGACCACCACCGGCUAAUGGCAUCAUACACGUAGAUGAAUGUUCGGAAUUCCAUCGUUUAUGGUCUGCCUUGCAAUUUGUCUAUUGCAUACCUGUACGUGGCACUGAGUAUACAAUUGAAGAGCUCUUCGGUGAAGGAUUAAAUUGGGCCGGUUGUGCUAUGAUUGUGUUGUUGGGCCAGCAGCGGCGAUUUGAGGCUUUAGACUUUUGUUAUCACAUUUUACGCGUACAACGUGUCGAUGGCAAAGAUGAGGAUGUGAAGGGCAUUAAACUGAAACGCAUGGUUGAUCGCAUACGCCGCUUUCAAGUAUUAAAUUCACAAAUAUUUGCUAUACUCAAUAAAUAUCUCAAAGGUGGCGAUGGAGAGGGUUCGAAUGUUGAACACGUACGCUGUUUUCCGCCGCCGCAACAUCCCACAAUGAUUUCGUCACACUACCAAGAUCCAAACAAAUUGCGUCAGAGUAUGACAAAUAAUUGAGCAAAUACAAUAUAUUUAAACAAUAACUUCUAACCACUUAUCUAUUAAUAUUAUUAUAAAAUUUAUUGUAAUGGUA